AAUUUUAUAAUACUGUUUAAUAAAUUCAACUAUAAUUUGUGGUUUUUUGUAUAAACCCGCACAAACCAAACACUGUCAGUAUAUAAACUGAAACAAAUCAAAUUAAAUAUGGAAUCUACUUUUUAUAAAUCCGGAUCAAACAGCUCUAGAAAUGAGUUAAUUUCGUAAUUUCAUUCAAUAUCCCGACAGGGAUAUCGUUGACUUGUCUAUUAUAAAAGUUGGUCGGUAGCUAAUGUGUUUAAUUAUGUCAGAUUGUCCAAAUUUUGUUAUUUAAUUAACCGGUAAUCUGGAAAACUGGUUAUGUGGUAGGAUUGAUUAGUCAAUGGGACGUCUAAUUAAAUCCAUUUGACGUUUGAUUCUAUAUAUCAAUUAUUCUUUUGAAAUUGGGGGUUAAGAGGGGGUCAGACGGGCCUCUCUCAGUUAACUCUUGGCAUCUCUGUAACAUUAGUAUUUAUCAUAUUUACAUAUAUGAAAGAUUAGUAUGUAUGAUAUUAACUGCCAUGAUAUGUAUAUUCCCAUUAGAAAAAUUCAAACAUACACCACAUACAUAUCCAAUGUAUUAUUCAGUGUAUGAAUACCUGACUACCUGUACAGAAUGUGAAACCCUGUUUUAAAUAAGAAGACACGUUCCAAGGGAAUAUGAUUGAAAAACCUUAAUUUAUCGAUGGUCAACACACUAAAAAUAUAUAAACCACCAAACGAUAGAUCAAGAAUGAAUAUCAAGAAUCACCGGAGCAAGAAUGGCAGGAGGAGGAACGUCCUUAGAGUACACACCAACAUGGGUGGUCGCUCUCGUCUGCUCCGUGAUUGUCUCCAUCUCUUUCGCCGUCGAGCGUGGCCUCCACCGUGCCGGAAAGCACUUUGAUAAGAAUAAUCAGAAGCAGCUUUCCGGGGCCUUACAGAAAGUCAAAGAAGAACUUAUGCUGCUAGGGUUCAUAUCGUUACUGCUAUCAGUAAGCCAGUCUAGAAUAGCAAAGAUUUGCAUAUCAAAGGAGUUAAGUGAAAAGCUUCUCCCUUGUAAGAAACCAAAAGAAGACAAGUCCCUCAAUGACAACUCUCAUUUCCAGCUCAGCUUCACCGGCCGUCAUCUCCUUGCCGGGGACUCCGGCGCAGGCGACUACUGCUCCCAAAAGGGAAAGGCUCCAUUAAUGUCAAUAUCAGCUCUCCACGAGCUUCACAUAUUCAUCUUCGUGUUAGCUAUUGCUCACAUUAUUUUCUGCCUCUUGACCAUUCUUUUUGGUACCAUGAAGAUAAUGCAAUGGCGAAAAUGGGAGGAUAAAGUUUUAGAAAAAGACUACAACGCAGACGAAGUGAUCCAGAAGAAAUAUACAGCGGUUCGAGAACACGACUUCAUCAGGGGACGGUUUCUCGGAGUUGGAAAAGCUGAUGCUUGCUUUGGAUGGGUGCAUUCCUUUAUGAAGCAGUUUCUUGCAUCAGUCAAUGAAUCAGAUUACAUCACAAUGAGGCUAGGGUUCGUCACGACUCAUUGCAAGACCAAUCCAAAGUUCAAUUUCCACAAGUAUCUCAUACGUGCCCUAAAUUCAGAUUUCAAGAAAGUUGUUGGUAUCAGUUGGUACCUUUGGGUGUUUGUGGUUCUCUUCUUGCUUCUAAACAUUGCUGCAUGGCAUGUUUACUUCUGGCUAGCUUUUCUUCCUUUGAUUCUUUUGCUUGCUGUGGGGAUGAAGCUGGAGCAUAUCAUCACAGAUUUGGCUCAUGAAGUUGCAGAGAAACAUAUUGCUGUAGAGGGAGACUUGGUUGUGAGACCAUCAGAUGAUUUAUUCUGGUUUAAAAGUCCCCGGCUAGUUCUCUUCUUGAUCCAUUUCAUUCUCUUCCAAAACUCAUUCGAGUUAGCAUUCAUCUUCUUUAUCUUUGCUCAGUAUGGUUUUGAUUCUUGCAUCAUGGGACAAGUCAAGUUCAUAAUUCCAAGACUGGUCAUUGGGGUAUUGGUUCAGCUUCUCUGUAGUUACAGUACCUUACCACUCUAUGCCCUAGUUGCUCAGAUGGGAAGUUCGUUCAAAGGCGCAAUAUUCACUGAUCAGGCGCAGCAACAGAUUGCUGGAUGGGCAAAGUCAGCAAAGAUGGCUAAAAAGAAAGGCUCGACUCACGCAGGUUCCAGUCAUGGUGGCAGUCCAAACCCUAUAGCCACUCCUUCACCGAAGUCUAUACAGUUGCAGUCGCUUCUAGUAAAAGGCUCCUCUCAACAAAGUCACCUCUCUGAGAAGAAACCUGAGAUUGUUGAGGAAAAAUAACUCUUUACACAGUUAUACAUCCUAAACAAAAGAGCUUUUCCAUUAGAUUCUGUUUUCAGACCAAAAAAAAAACACUUCAUUGGCUUUGUGUAAUAUACAAAACUGAUUUUAACGUUGUUGUAAGAAUAUUACUUUUAAGUCUUUGCCUGUUUGAUUGAAUACAAAGAUUUUCUUUUGUCAAGAAGAUCACACUGCAGCUGGAGAAAGAAGUGGUGGUUCCUUCAACGGAGUAGAGUUUCUCCUCAAAUCAGAUUUUCUUGAGGAUCCCUUAGCUACUUACUCAGCUGCGGACACCAUUGCAAACUCAGAAGACGAGUCUGUUCCUUUAGAAUUGAAAACGUUUCUCCAAGAACAUUGGUCAGAGGCAGCAUUCAAGCAAGGAGUGAAGGAGAGCAGAGAUAACUUCUUGAACUUCAUGAGGGUGUUGAAGAUUGGAGAGUCUGGUAUACGUUUAAAGGAUCUCCCAGCUCCUUUGAGGGUUGCUGUUGCUUACAUGCCGCUGUACAGAGAGUGUGUGAAGGCAGGUGGGAGGUUGCUUUCGCAGAAGCUAAGGGGACAGCUCGUGGAAGCAGUGAAGCAGCUUCAAGGGUUUGAUGUGGAGACAGAAGAAGUAUACAAAAGCCAUCAUCAGCUCAUGGCAGUGUUGGAGCAUCACCUUCCUAUUUUUUUGGUCAAAGGUUCUUCACACUGAGCAACAAUGGGAUCCAGCAUCCUAGUUAUUGGGGUUAAAUUUAACCUUAGGAUAGUUGAAAAGAAUAAGAUCUGAUCACUACAAUUUUGGAUCCGGAUUCAGGUCUAUGAGAAUGUCUCUUUCUCUAUCUCCUAAGUCCUAACCCAUGGGAGAUGAUAACUUUAUAUUAAAAUUUCAACUACAAGAUAUAGUCUUACUUCUGCCUCUGACUUUAGUUGCACAUUUAUCUAGAACCCAAUAGCCAAACCAAAAUUGUUGAAACAGAGUCAAAUUUCAAAAAUAACCACAUAGAUCCUUUAUGUCUGGAAUCUAAGUGAAAACCGAAUGGAUAUCCAAAAGUGUAAAAAUACAAAUUAUAUAUCAGUUUCUAAACAUACUAAACAUAAUAUUUAUAAACUGAAAUAUCCAAAAGUCCUAAUAUUUUUUUAUCUAAAAUAUUUAAAAUUAUCUGAAGAAUUACCCCGAAAACAAGAUUCGAAAAAAUUGGUUUUUCGUAUUGUUUUUAGAUAUUAGGCGGUUCCCAAUUUUACUACGCAAAACGAACCAAAAUUUGUAAAUUAGUUACAAAAAAACAAAAACCAAAAUGCCCGAAUUGAAAGCCCAUGUACAUAGAAGUGAAAUCUGAAACUCUUUCCCCUUGGAUUUUCAAAUGCUCCAAUCCCCAUAUUGAGACCAUUGUAGAUAAAGUCAUGAAAGUUUAUAGUACUACAAGUUUUACAAAUGAAAUAGUUAUACAAAAUCUCUUACCCUGAAACCUUUAUGUAAUAACAAAUUAACAAUAGAUAAAACAAAAAACUCAUUCUCCUUGUAUUACAUAUAAGUUCUUGUUACAUGUUUGGCAUUAGAAGAAGAAGAGGAAGAAGAAGGCAUUAAAGCAAGAACCAUAAGCAGAACCAUUAUCCCAAUAGGAAUCAGAAGCAGCAUGAAAGGAGGAGGAGGCAACGGUGGAAGAAUCAAGGGAAGGAUCAAGAGCGAUGCUGUGAGACCAACAAGGACAACCAUUGACUCCAAACUGAAGUAACUCGCUGAGAUUAGCCUCCUCGGACUGUUCUGAGACGACAAUGUCCGAAAAUAUUCUUGCUUACUCAUCAUAGGAGCUUGAGCUGGUCGGCGAAUAUCUCUUCUCAUGUCCAUGAUCUUGUUGUUGCUGCUUGAAGAGCGUUCUUGAAUGUUUACGAUGUCGUUUUGUAGACCAGAGAUUUCGCGAAUCAUCUAAAAAAGGUGUAGUUCUUUUCUUGAGGGUUGGUUCUGUGCAUAAACUACUUCAAGGAGAAGAAGAUACAACGUUAGAAAUGGAGAUCUUGGUUUGAGCUUUUCUUUCUUUGUAAGGAGAAUACAGAGGAAGAAAGAAAGUGGGUGUGGUUUUGGUAUAAAAAGGUAUGAGAUGAAGAAGACAAGUAGCAAAUAAAUAAAUUAAUCAUUUUUGGGAUUGGACUGUGGAAUCAGGAAAGAGAGGAAGGUUCAUUGAAUUUACAGAUCUUUUUUUUUUCAAAAACAUAACAAUAAUAUUUUAAAAAGGAUUUAAUUUUUGACUAUUUUGUUUUCUCUAUUGGGGGUGACAAGUUGCUGGUUCUGGAAGGCCUGCCUGCAAAUUGAGAAUACUUUUGCUUCUCUCUCUCUCUCUUCACAAUCACAGUUGGUUCUUCUCCCCUAGACACUUUAUCUCUCUUCCUUAGAGUUGAAGCUGACGUAGACUGGAAUAUUUGGGGUAAGUCUCUCUUUCGAGUGGAGGUUUUCUUUUGAGAAUAUUCAAUGGUGCUUUUAUGUAGUCAUGUUGUUUUUGUUUAUCCAAAAAAACAGUCGUAUUUUUUUCCUUUAUGAGUUUUUUUUUUUUGGUGUAAAUGUUAAAAUUUAUACCAUUUUCCUUUAUGAGUUGUAGGCUUUAUUAGUCUCCUAUUAUUUAAAAUAAAUCAAUUUAUCGUUGGUGAUAUGAAAACAAAUACAAAUAUUAAAAUUUAACUACUAGAUGUUUUUUUCUUUUAAAAAUAAGCUAGUUCCUUCUUUUGCUGCAGAAAUUUUGGAAUGCGAUUGCGUUAUGGCCAGAUUAUUGACAAUUUGACAACAAAAUUAGCCACUAAAAAUGCUAAAAACAAAUAAUUAAAGAAUGAUAUAACUCUUAUUUCUUCUAAAACUAAUCACUUAAUCUGUGUUCUAUAUAUUAUGCUUUUUCCAUUGUUUAUCACAAUGAUAUCAUUAUUAUUCAGGGUUGUAAUCUAUUGAAACUAUGUAUGGCACUAGAGAUGAAUUCAAGAGAUCAUAACAAUAAUGAUUACAAGAUUGAAAAUAGUAAAAUUAUCAAGUUAUUUUCCACAAAUACAUUCACAUAAAAAUUAUUAAAAAUCAUAGUUAUAUUUCCCACCUAAUAAUAAUGUUGUGUAUGUAUAUCGACCAAUUAGGACCCAUGAUAUUAUUCUUCUCUACGGCAUUUCAUGUGGUGGAUAUAUCAUAUUAUCUCAUGUUUCCUAGUGGGACAAUUGGUCCAAUAUUUAUUUUCUUUGGGUUUAAGUAAUUUUUGAUUAGUCGUUAAAAAUAUUAUCUUAUUGCAAAAAUAUUAAAUUCAAAUUUAAAGCAGUAAAAACUAAUACACAAACUUGAGUAGAACCAAUAAUUAGAUUUUGAGGAUUAUAGAUAAUUUUGAUAGAUAUUUUCAUAAAUAUAACUUUUAAAAUUGUAUGAAUUUAUGUUUAUUUAAAUUAUUUAUCAAAUUUGGGGGUGCAUGGUAAAUCAAUGUUUCACUUGCAUAUUAAACUGAUGAUGAGACUUAUGUAUUUGGUUGCGUGAUUAAUGAGGGUCAUGAUAUUUUAAGUAAGCAGCUCCUUGUUUGGCCUGUCUGGUAUUUAACCAAUUGACAGGUUACCUAUGCAUUACUAACUUCAAAUACAAUGAAUCACAUAUAUAACAUCAACUACGUCUUAGACAAAAAAAAAAACAUCAACUACGUCAAAUAUAUUAGAACAGAGAAAUGUUGUGUAUCAACCACUAACUAAAUGACAUCAUUAUUCUAAUUUAACUAUACAAAUUAUUACCACAAGACCUUAUCUCAAUUCAUUAAUAAAAGCAAAACUUAAUCAUUUUCUCAAAAGAAAAAAAAAAAUUAACCACGCUAAAAAGAUUAGCAUGCAGACAUAAAAUCUUAUGACAGAAAUGGCUGUUAGAGUUACACGUUAAUCGUGAUAUCUUUCCAACAAUUAAAGAUAUUCAUUUUGUCUUGCGGAUAUGAACUUGAUCCGAUCGUUAGGAUCAAUGUCACACAUUCCUAUAUAAAUAUGAAAAUGUGUACGUAGACGUUAGAGCAGCAUUAACCGGGUAUCUUAACCCCCGUUUUUAGUGUUUUUUGAUUUAAUUUAAAAAAAAAUUAUCUAAUUAAACAAGGGACGUCGCUUGUUUUAGGGAUAUAGCAUACGUAUUUUGUUGGACGCGUGUCAAAACCUCGCGUUUCUUUCUCUCUCGAGAGACAGUUUGUCUCUCUCUUCUCCCGUGACUCCUCGACGACUCCGUCUUCCAUCGAUGAUCUCUCGUCCACCAUGGCCUCUCCUCGACGAUUCGAUCGGUGAGAUCUCUUCGAGGCAAUCAUCCGGCGUCCGUGUCGGUUUUAUCGCCGUCGCUGUCUCUCUCCUCGACAUGCAAGAGUCUCUCUCUGUCUCUUCGACGACUCUGCGACUCCGCGAUUCCCUCGCUCUCCUCGAUGGCUCCGAGUCUCUCUCUGUCUCCUCGACGACUCCGCCUCUCUCUUAUUCUCCUCGGUGACUCCGCGACUCUGUGACUCUCUCGCUCUCCUCUCCGGCUAGCUCUCCUCGAGGAAAUCAAUUCUCACGGUAAAGCUUUAGGCCUUUUAGAUGAAUGUUUUAUGUGUCAUGUCUGAGAUGGAGCUUGAUGCCUUUUGAUAGUGAUCAGAUUAGUUCCGAUGAGGUGCUUAGUUGGGUGAUGUUAUCUCUGGUAUGUCCUCGGUAGAGUUUGGUUGUUUUGAUACUGAUCAGAUUAGUGUAGAUGUUGAGUUGAGUGAUGUUUUAUCUUUUUCAUCUGCGGUAAAGCUUGAUGCUUGUUCUCUGCGAAUGUCUACUGUAAACCUUAAUGCUUUUGAUGGUGAUCUGAUUAGAUUAGAGGGAAAUGCUUGAAUCUAUAGUGAUAAGCUUGAUGCUCUUGAUGUAUAGUUUUUGUUUAUGUCUAUGUUUAUUAAUCUUCCUUGCGUCUGAAUCUUUCUUCUGCUGAUGUUGUCUCUUGUAAUUUCUUGUGAGAUGAACGGAUCAAGAGAGAUGUGAAGGUCUCUUUAUAUGGACGGUUCAAGUCACAUGAAGCUUGUUCAAAUGAGAGCACUACAACUGCAAUACAGGUUCCAUUGUCACGGGAAGUGAAGGAGUGGAGUCACGGGAGUGAAGGAGUGGAGUCACGGGAGUGAAGUACUAGGGUCUGUCUUGUAGUAGUCACUGUCUUGUUGUAAGGAUUCUCUUGUACUAAGGUCUGUCUUGUAGUAGUCACGGGAGUGUGUUGUACUCACGUGAGUGUCUUGUAGUAGGGUUCUCUUGUUGUACGGUCUGUCUUGUAGUAGUCACGGGAGUGUAUAACGUUUGGUUCUUGUAUUGUAGUAGUCACAAGUCUGUUUGCAACUUAAUUUUAUAAGUCACCUUCUCUA